UUAUGCGAAAGAUGAAUUGUCUUCUGAUUUAAUGUUUCCCACCUGUUCAUUGCAUUGUAUUAUAAUUUCGUGCUCUACUCGUGAAGUAUACUGCGUGUGCAAUUUGGUUAUUCUUGCAAUCGCGUCCGUGAUGUUUAAUUUUUUCGCAUUUCUGAUAGAUUAGAACCGAAGCACGUAAUCUUUGAUAAGAACAAUAUUCAUAAGUUUCAUACCACGAUAUUAAUAAUAUGUUAGAAGUAGUCGAAUAAAUACAAAUAAUGUACUUGUUUAAUUUCUCACACAUUGUUUCCCACAUAUUUGCUUAAGACGAAAUGCCUAGGUACUAAACAUUGUUUUCUAACAUACUCGUAAUUGCCUUCCCUAGGACUCGCACCACUCGCGUGGGCCCCAGUUGCUCUGUCCUAGCUACAACACUGAGAUAAUUCGUUGGAUAUAAGUGUAUCUAUGUUACGUUAGUCUCGUUAGUAGUUUACAAAGAAAUCUAGUUACUGACAAAGCGGCAUCAUCAAAAUUUAGAAACUAACAAUUCAGGAAAGGAUAAUGGCAAAAAUUUGUAAUUUUUUGGGUCUUGUCACAAUUGGGGUAUUUACUGUUGCAACUGCAACCGAUUAUUGCAAUUUGCAAUCAUGUGCAAAGGAAGAUAGUCACACUAUGUGCAAAUAUCCUUCACCAACACCAGCGGCAGCAUGCGGAAAUCGGUAUAAUAUUGGCUUCAGAGUUGCUGAUAAGGAGAAUAUAGUAAAUUUACACAAUCGAUUGAGACGAAAAGUCGCAUCCGGUCAGGAAAUCAGAGGAAGCCCUGGUCCGCAACCUCCUGCAGUUAGCAUGCCAGACUUGGUAAUGCGUAAUACUUAAUAUAUUA